CACGCAAUCGCAAAUAUGUUCCCGGGGAGGAGCCUGCAUUCCAUCUGUAACUCAUGCAGACUUAGUUCUCUGUUAGCGCAAGCGCGCAUUGCGAGAUUCCCGCGGACGAGCGCAUUUGUUGCACAGCAUGCUUCUCAGCGACGUCCACUCUCCACAACCUGGCGCCUGAAUCAAGAGACGGAAGAGCACUCGACAAGCUUCUCUGCGAACGCGAACGCGAACGCGAACGACUCACCGCCCACGCCAGCCGACCGGUUAAGCAUCGAAGUUAAUGCGCGGAAGGCGCGACAAUUGUUUGGAAAUGCACUGCCGAAGGGGCAUUUGAGCGACGAGGAAUUAAAGGUCUACGAGAGGUUGUAUGGGGCACCGAUAUUUGUGGAGACUGCAGAGGAACUGCUCGAGGUGGAGGUGGUUGAAGAGGAGAUCUUCGAAGAGCAGCGCGAGGAUGGGUCAACUGUGCUGCUUAGAAAGGGCGAAGAUGGCGAGCUGGAAGAAGUCGAAGUCUUUGACGAAGUGGAGAAAGAGGUGGCUGACGGAGAGGAGGGAGGGUCUAUGACCAAGGAAGAAUGGGAGGCGCUGCGGGAACAGAAGGAACAGAACUACCAUAACUCGGUGUACGAGCGGGCAACGAGGGAGAUGGAAGAGGCUGAAGAGGAUGGCGCUGAGCAGGAAGAGGAGGACGACGACGACUUCAUGCGCGCGCAUCCUUUGACUAUCGCUGGCAGGUUCAAGCCCUCGCCCUCGACCGUGUUCUUGCCAAAGGAAACUCUCGUGGAUCCUACUACGGAGCUACUCACCCGAGCAAACAUCAAGCAUCUUGCUGAAUCGUCGAACCGGAUACUUGGAGGACCGGGUCUGCCUUAUUCCGCUUCUACGCCCGCAGCGCGUCUAGGCAAGGAACAGAAGCCGAUACCACUCGAUCCGUCACACUCAGACAUGGGAAAUAUCGAGGCGGAUGUGUAUAUGGCUUCAGUGCAGCCGGGAACGUAUGCCAGCGUCAUGAGCUCCCUGGUUGAGGUCAGGCGAAGAUUAGGUUCCGCGUGGAUUGAGAAUCUCCUUACAAACAAGAAGGGGGGUAUGGUGCUCGAUGCUGGUUCCGGCGGUGUCGGCAUCCUUGCGUGGCACGAGGUCCUGAAGGCUGACUGGGAGCGUAUCCAUGAAGACUCCGGCAAGACGUCGCUGCCUAGUGCACCGCUUGGAAAAGCCACUGUCUUGGCUGCACCAGAUACCCUGCGGCAUCGUGCUAGUCGUUUGCUAGAGAACACGACAUUCAUUCCUCGCUUGCCUGAUACGUUGCCGGAGGCGGAAGAGGUCAACACGCAACAGCCGCGCAAGUUGUACGACGUGAUCAUCGCACCUCACACACUCUGGGGUUUGAAGCAGGAAUAUCUUCGGAAGGAGCAGGUCCAAAAGUACUGGUCCCUCCUCAACCCCAAGGGUGGCGUACUCAUCCUCAUUGAGAAGGGUCUGCCGCGCGGGUUCGAAGUCAUAGCUGCUGCCCGCGAGCUCCUCCUUGCCAAGCACAUCGCCUCGCCUGGCUCGACACACGUCGAGGUCCCCCUGGAGGAACAGGUCUCCAAGCCGGACGAAGAAUCUCAGUUCACCGAGAAGGAGACAGGCAUGAUCAUCGCGCCUUGCACCAACCACGGCACGUGCCCUAUGUACCAAUCUCCAGGAAUCAGUCACGGCAGAAAAGACUUCUGCUUCUUCAGCCAGCGUUACAUCCGGCCGCCAUACCUCCAGCGCAUCCUCAACGCCACCGACCGCAACCAUGAAGACAUCCAAUACAGCUACCUCGCCGUGCAACGUGGCCGCGACCAGCGUCUCGCACAGCAUGACAAGCUCGGCCGGGGCUUCGUCCAGGGCGCCGCCGCCACCGACGCCGCCUUCUCCGGCCACGAAUACAAGCCGGACCCCGACGCAGAAGAUGGCACCGAGCUCGGCCUCACCUCCCCAGACGAUAUCAACCCGCUGACCCUCCCGCGCCUCAUCCUCCCCGCCCUCAAGCGGCGCGGCCACAUCAUCCUCGACGUGUGCACGCCCGCAGCGACCCUCGAGCGCUGGACUGUCCCGCGCUCCUUCAGCCGGCAGGCCUUCCGCGACGCGCGCAAAGCACGCUGGGGCGAUCUGUGGGCGCUUGGCGCGAAGACGCGGAUCCCGCGGAACGUGCGGCUGGGCAAGCCCCGCGAUGAGUUUGACCGCAAGGGGAGGCGGAUUCGGUCGCCGAAGAAGGUUACGGUCAUGCUGGACGUUGGGUCGCGAGGGGACGAGGCGGUGGAUAUGGGGGCGCGAGUUACAGGGCGGAGGGGCGAUAGGGACGGGCGGUAUAGCGCUGAUAGGAAGAUUAGGGGGAGUGGGGGCAGGAAGGGGAGGAAGAAGAGUGUGGGGUUGGGCAUCCUGGAAGACGUUUAG